ACGCCCCUCGGCCGAGUGACUGCCCUUACCGAGUCGAGUAAAAGCUCAAUCUGAAGAUACCUCCUCGCUCCAUUUUCCCCCAAACAUACCCAGGUGCAUGCCUGGAGCCACUCAGCGCUGCAGCGCAAGGCUUUUGCAUCAAUGUCAUCGUGCUGAUCGUCGACUGUGAUGUAGUGCCAAGGUCGGGCGAGCCGACGAUCGACGUGCCUGGAAUACCCGGCAACCGGCCAACCCCACUUGCCCCGCAUUCAUUUCGACUUGUCAUCUCCUCUCUCUUCUCGACUGCUCCGCAUCUCGCUCUCUCUUCGCGCCUCACUUACGCGCGUCGCUCAAGAUGAUGAACUACACGCCCCACGCGGGCGCAAAGGUCGCGGACAUCCUCUCGCUCGAGAACAUCCGGCGGCAGCUCAUCCGGCUCGAGGACACCAUCAUCUUCUUGGUCAUCGAGCGCGCGCAGUUUGCGCACAACCCCAAGAUCUACGAAAAGGGCGCGUUCAAGGACGAGAUGGACUUUGAGGGGUCAUGGCUGGACUGGUUCCUCCUUGAGACGGAACGGACGUGUGCCAAGGCCCGCCGCUACACGAGCCCCGACGAACACCCGUUCACGCCCCUCGAGCAGCUGCCCAAGCCCAUCAUCACGCCGCAAAAGUACCCCGCGCUGCUGCACGAACCGGCGGCCAAGCACCCGAGCGUGAACGUCAACCACCGCAUCCUCGACUUUUACGUCAACCACCUCGUGCCCGGCAUUACCGAGGUGCCGCCGGGAUCGCCGCGGCGCACGGCCAACGGCACCGUGAGCAACCCGGUCAACCCGCUCGACGACGGCAACUACGGCAGCGCGGCGACGCGCGACGUCGAGGCGCUGCAGGCCAUCUCGCGGCGUAUCCACUUUGGCAUGUUCGUCUCCGAGUCAAAGUUCCUCGCCGCGCCGCACGACUUCAUCCCCCACAUCCUCGCGGACCCUCCUAACACCGACGCGCUCGCGGGCCUCAUCACCAAGCCGGAGGUCGAGGCCAAGUUGUUGGUCCGCCUCGCUAACAAGGCGCGCGUGUACGGGUGCGAGAUGGACGCGGACGGGCGUGUCAUCCCCAUCCCCGACCAGGAGCUGGGUUUGCGCGGCAAGAUCGACAUUGACGAGGUCGUGCGCCUCUACCGCGACUGGAUCAUCCCUCUGACCAAGGACGUCGAGGUCGACUACCUCGUCCACCGCCUUGAUGGGGUGCCGCAGGAGCAGAUUGACGCAUGGAUGGCGGGGGCCAAGGCCAACGGCAAGUAGCGAGGCCACGGCGCAGGAACGUAAGCGACGGCCACGGAACAGCAAAGACAAGUAGAACAUCAUGCAUGCAUCAACAGCAUAAAGAAAA